AUGGUUGCCAACGAGCCCCAUCUUUGCUUCCGAUCGUUUGUCGAAGCCUUAAAGGCCGACAACGACUUGGUCGAGAUCAAUGACCCGGUCGAUCCUCAUCUCGAAGCCGCUGCAAUCACUCGUCUUGUCUGCGAGACUGAUGACAAAGCUCCCUUGUUCAACAACGUUAUCGGCGCACAAAACGGUCUAUUCCGUAUCCUUGGUGCUCCUGGCUCUCUCCGGAAGUCCUCCAAUGACCGCUAUGGCCGACUGGCCCGUCACCUGGCCCUGCCACCCACGGCCUCCAUGAAGGAAAUCCUCGACAAAAUGCUGUCCGCCAGCGAGAUGCCUCCGAUCCCACCUCAAAUCCUCCCGACUGGUCCUUGCAAAGAAAACUUUCUGGAGGAGAGCCAGAUCGACCUGACCAAGCUGCCCGCUCCCCAAAUACACGCAGCCGAUGGGGGUAAAUACAUUCAGACAUACGGAAUGCACAUCGUCCAGUCGCCUGAUGGCUCAUGGACUAACUGGUCCAUUGCUCGUGCUAUGGUUUCGGAUGACAAGCACCUGGUUGGCUUGGUCAUUCCCCCACAGCAUAUCUGGCAGAUUCAUGAGAUGUGGAAGAAGGAAGGACGUGACGUCCCUUGGGCACUGGCUUUCGGUGUUCCUCCUGCAGCCAUCAUGGCAUCCAGCAUGCCCAUCCCUGAUGGUGUUACAGAGGCUGGGUACGUUGGCGCCAUGACCGGAUCAGCCCUGGAGCUGGUAAAGUGUGAUACCAACGAUCUCUACGUGCCCGCGACUUCCGAGAUUGUCUUUGAGGGCACCCUGUCUAUCACUGAUAAGGGACCAGAGGGACCAUUUGGUGAAAUGCAUGGAUAUGUUUUCCCUGGCGAUACUCACCCGUGGCCCAAGUAUAAGGUCAACCGCAUUACCUACCGUGAUGAUGCCAUUCUACCCAUGUCUUCCUGUGGUAGACUGACUGAUGAGACUCAUACCAUGAUUGGCGCGUUAGCUGCUGCUGAGAUCCGCAAGAUUUGCCAGAACAGCGGUCUGCCCAUUACCGAUGCUUUCUCGCCCUUCGAGUCACAAGUCACUUGGGUCGCCCUCAAGGUUGAUACUGCACGCCUUCGGGAGAUGAAGACCACCUCCAAGGAGUUCUCCAAGAAGGUUGGAGAUGUGGUGUUCAACCACAAGGCCGGGUACACCAUUCAUCGCCUGGUUCUUGUCGGCGACGAUAUUGAUGUCUACGAUGGCAAGGAUGUCAUGUGGGCCUUCUCCACCCGUUGUCGUCCCAGCCUCGAUGAAACCUUCUUCGAAGAUGUUCGCGGAUUCCCGCUCGUCCCCUACAUGUCCCAUGGCAAUGGAUCACCCACCCAGGGUGGUAAAGUGGUCUCGGACGCACUCAUGCCAGCCGAGUAUACAACCGGUCGCGAUUGGAUUGCCGCAGACUUCAAGAACUCAUACCCUGAGGAGCUCAAGAAGAAGAUUUUGGGUAACUGGACCAAGAUGGGAUUCCGUGAGGAGUAG